AUGGAAACUCGUGGGCGCAAAACUUGCGUUGGACUUGUGCUGCUGCAGCCAGCGCUUCAUUUUCAAGCCUUCUGCCAGGAGCCGGGAUUGCAUAGCUUGCUCGUUGGAGAUGUCCUUGUGCGUCAUCCGGAUCUGGCUGGUUUAGAUUCGCCAGCAGAGCUUUUCGCUAUUGAUGCUCCAGAGGCCGUGGCAUCUGCUCCAAGCCAAGAGCCCUGGCUUGGCGCUGUUGAACGUGCAUGCGUGCCGUUGUUGACAGCCAUGGGGCGCUUGUGCGCAGCCAGCCUGCUUGCUGUCUUGCCGCUGAUCAGAGCGGACGUGCAACAAGAUGCCGGGUGCCCUGCAGGAGAUGAGGCCUGCAAGUGGCGACUCCAGGCCAGCCGGGCAAAACAGAUGGCCUCAUCCAGACCAACGCUUGCGAGCUCAGGGGAUGGAGAUCAGCACGCAGACGCCGUGGCCCUCCUUUUCUCUUUGUUGGGCGGCUUCUUCAUGGGAGCUUACCCGGUUCCCAUAAAGGCGCCGAGGGUCCUGAAGGCGAGCCCCCACCCUGUCAUCUUCCAGUGCUACAAGACCUUCUGGGUCUUCGUCACGGGAUGGCUCUUCCUGCUGCCGCGCUGGUGGCAGCAAGAGUCUCCGGUCUUUUGCCCCACGUGGUGGGGAGUUGUCAGCGCCAUGGGCUGGAUCCCUUCCGGAGUUUGCGCGAUAGCGGCAAUACCACGCAUCGGCAUCGGGAUGCUCGCGGCUGUUGCAGCUUCCUGUGGAUCCAUUUCGACAUUUCUGGUCUUCUGGCUUGUUCUUGGAGAGUCCAUGAAGGAGCACAACAUCGGAGGGCACACGAUCUACUUCGCACCGGCUUACCUUGCCUGCAUCAUCCUUGGCAUUGGAGGAAUGGUCUGGGCAACUGGCCUCGGCAGCUCGGCCGCUGCGCCAGAAGAGCCUGAGAGGCGUUCCAAGGCGACGGUGGGUUAUCUGCUUGCUGCGGCAGUGGGCAUUUUCAGUGCCAUCCAGUUCGGGGCAGUCAACCUGGGAAAACAAAGCGCGCAGCGGUCUGCGGGGUGCUUUGAGGACCCAUCCAAGUGUCCUCCGAACUUUGUGGAAGCCUUCAACAACUUUGGUUCUUGGAUGGCUUCCUUCGGCAUCGGAGCGCUACUCGUAACUGCAGUGUUCGUCCUCGCCAUCGCCGUCAAUGCUGUGGUCUCGCGCAAAGCUUUGCCUUCGCCACAUUGGAAGGCUUUGGCAGGUCCCGGUACCAUGGCCGGCCUGCUUUGGGCCUUAGGCAACUUCUUCCAGACUGCCGCCGUCGUCAGAGGAGGCAGCGCUGUGAUGCUGCCUGCUAACCAAGCCAUUCAAUUGGUGACCUCGGGAGCCUUUGGUCUGCUCUACUAUCAUGAGGUUCCAACCGCACGUCGAGCAGUGUUCUGGACUGCCGCGGCGCUCUGGACCUUGGGGUGCAUCAUCCUUCUGAGCAAGGAGAAGUCCUGA